CCUGAGUCGGGACGGUUACCCACGCGGCGCGCACCGAUCCUAUAACUUCAAGUCCACAUCUCUCGUCGACGUUCCCGCUACACUUCUGUGUGCACUCAGCUCUCGACCACAUUUGAGGCAGCCUUGUACACCACUCUCGACCGCCAUGCAGCUCCAGUAUUGGUUUGCGCUGGCUGUCGCGCUGACGCCUUCGCUGUCGUCGGCCGCGAUCUUCCCUAAGGACACACUCGUGAAGAUGAUUGAUGCGAAGGGUUUCAAGGAUGCUAUGAAAGCAAACGCGACAUCAUUGGUUGCGUUCGUCGCGCCUUGGUGCGGGCACUGCCAACGGAUGGCCCCCGAGUACAGCAAGGCCGCACUCGGCCUGUAUCCAAUGAUUCCGUUCUACGCUGUCGACUGCGACAAGGCAAGCAACAAGAAGUUCUGCGCGGACCAGGGGGUGCAGGGCUUCCCCACCGUCAAGCUAUUCCCGCGCGGCGGUAAGUCGAAGCCGGUCUUGUUCGACGGACCGAACCGAAGUGCAAGUGCCUUCUACUACUGGGCCUUGCGCAAUAUCCCCCACAAAGUCAAAAAGGUCUACCAUCUGGAGGAUCUGCCUGCAUGGAUAGAGGAGAACAAGGAGCUUCCUCGCGCCGUUCUCCUCAACCAGGGCAAGGACGUCCCUCUUCUCUGGCAGACGCUGGACAACAAGUAUCAGGGUCAGAUCAAGUUCGCCGUUCACCGCGAUCGACGCGGAAAGAGUUCCUUGAAGAUGGGGCUCGAGCAGGGCGAACCUAAGUCGUCCAAGGUUCUGCUGUAUCCAGCAGGUUCGACGGAGUACGUCCGCUAUGAGGGCAUUCAGAAGCACGACUCGCUAUCAAAGUUCUUCGAUUCGGUUCUCGACGGUACUGCUGACCUCACGACACUGAACAAGCAGGCGGCAGAAGAAGAGUUCGUCCCAGAUGAGGCGUUGCUGGAGAUCGAGCGUAAGCAAGAGGCGCAGCGUAUGGCACUUGCGCACGGUGGCUUUAGCAACCUCAUCGACUUCGAGGAGGCCAUCAAAAACGGCGCUGGGGCUGACUAUCACUCGAAGAACGGCUUUCCGGGCAUGAUGGGAGGCUCACUGCCCAAGAAGGAGAAGGAGAGCGGGAAGGCUAAGGCUGAGGAGGAUCCAAUACGGAAGAUCUUGAAGGCGCAGCAGGAGGCAGAGAAGAGCGAGCGCGGGAAACCGAAGAUGGCGAAGACAGAUGACGCGGGCCAGGUCGUGUUCACGCCGCAGUCGACGGGGCAUCCGAAGACGCCAGCUGCUGGAGAAACCACGACCGGCUCAGAGGCAACGGUUGCGGAAUCUGCUUCUUCAACUCUUGAGACAUUGUCCGCACCGGCUGAUGAAGCGUCAUCGACGACGUCAGAUACCGCAAGGGGCGCCGCUACCUCCUCUGCGGUCGGAGAAACGAAGGCGGGAGGGCAUGCGACUGAUGAAUUAUAACUGCAUCUCUGGGGACAGCGCGGUGUCGGCGAUACCUUAAGCUCGGUUUGUGGGUGACCGACAUGUAAUUUAUCGACAUGCUUCCAAGGUUCUGAUCGCAUUUGUAUUCC